ACAAAAACAAAUUCAGACAGAAUCAAGCACUAGAACUAAUUUAGCUUUCUUUCGCACUGCUAGAACAGAAGCAGCAACUGUCUGCCUCGCGACGCCGCGAGCCAUAACGUUCGUUCCUGUGUUCAGUAGGCAGCGCACAGUUAUAACAAGUGCAAUUGAAGAAAUUGUAAAUAAAACACGUGGUCUUCUACUGACAUUACAACACUUUGAGUGAUGGGAGCCUUGGUCAGCAAGUUUUCAAGACACAAUGAUGAGGAGCAGUACAGAUUUUGGUCUGCAAUCGCAUCUUCUCUGCGCCUUGGCUGGUUAGGAUCAGAAGACAAGGACAGGGAGGUGAAAGUGUGCCAGUAUGCUCUCUUCCCGCUGCUUCUCAACACCUCCGCCUUGCAGGGGGACAUUGUGACGAUACAAACACACAUACAACAGGGUGCGGAUGUGUGUAUGCCGGACAGCCGUGGAAGAACAGCCCUUCACCUGGCGGCAAGCGAGGCUGAUGUCCAGACGGUUGGCUUUCUUUUAGCUAAAGGAGCAGAGAUCAACGCCAGGGACCAUGUAGGAGGAACCCCUAUUUUGGAUGCAAUUCGUUGCAAGAAUUUGGAAGUGAUAAAGUUUUUGGUGAACAAAGGAGCAAUGUUGGACAUGUCAGACGUGGACUUGGGGACAGAAAUGUGUUGCCUGGCCUACCUGGGAGAUCUAGAGCAGAUGGAAGCGUGGAGAGUGGCUGGAGUUAGCUUGAAUUAUGCAGACGCGGACGGCAGAACUCCCUUACAUGUGGCUGUGUGCACAAACCAGGAGGAUGUUGUGAAAUACUGCAUGAAACACGGGGCAAACCUUGAGCUGCGAGACAGGUUCAACAACCGGCCCAUAGAUGAUGCUCAGCGGCUGUCCCUGACUAAUCUGGAGGAGGUGCUCAACAGCAAGGGCAAGAAACACAUGGCGAAAACCUCGGAUGCAAUUCCCGAGGCCUGAGGUCUACGCACCCAUGCAUUAUUAUUACCGCAAUUCAUGCCAUUUUUUUUAAUACGGAUGUGUUCUUAUUAUCCACAAUAUCCUAUUGAAUAUAUAUAUUUUAUGUAUUUUAUUUUUUCUGUAACAGAACUCAAGGGAAACGGCCUCUUGUAUAUCAAAAGUGUUUUUUAAAACAUGUCUUUCUUAGUUUUGCAGAUAAAAUUGAUGUGUAUAUUUUCAGUGGAUGCAUUAAAAUGAGCAACAAAUAA